UUGUAUUUAAUAACAGUAAAGUGAAAUUAAUAUUGCAAGUUUUUGCUGGUAUCUAAAAAUGAGCUGCAAACCGAUUUACUUAAUUGGUGCUCCCAACCCGAACGUAUUUGGCCGUAAGUUGCCUACCGUUAAAGAGGUUAUGUCUGUGUUUUUUUAUCAUCAUGUUGUAUUGAUGGAAACAAUUAACAAAAGUUUGGUGAAUACCGUAAUAAAAGUUGAAAAGCAAUGGCAUUCUGCGGGGUUACCAAUUUGCAGGAGACAAAACGCUGUAAAAAAGUUGCGAAGUUUACAUUCUAAGUGGAAAAGUGUACAGAAAAAUCAAAAUAGAUAUGAUUCAGCAGCUCAAGUAAAUAACCAGUCUCGUUUUCAAAAGAAGUUGACUGAACUCUUUGAUAUUAAGGAUUCGAAAAGCGUUGACUCUCUAGAUCGUGACAAAAAAAUUUUUCUAGCGGGACAAAAAAGUUCGAAUCGAAGGGGAAUCAUUAAUUUAGAUUUACAACCAAAUACUCAAGUGGAAGAGAUGGUUGUUGAAGAAAUAAUACAGCCGGUAAGAGAUACUGAACUUCCUAUUACCAAGCAAGAAUCUGAUAUAAUAGCAUCUCAAUCAUCAUAAUGACACCAGAAUUGGUUGCUGCAUUAGAUCGUUCAAACGUUUCUAGUAGGAAUGCUAUGUAUAUUAUUUCUGCAACUCUGAAGAGCGUUGGAGUUGAUUUAAAAACUGUAAAUAUCAGCUAUAAGACUAUUCAGCGCAGUCGUAAUGUUUUACGUAAAGAAAUUGC